UUGACUUCUGCCUUCCACGGUGUUGGAAAGCCAGAGCAGGGAAAUGGGGGAGGGGGCGUGCCGCUCGCUUCCGUACUGGUUUCUGUCCCUGGCAGUCUGGGGGAGGUGCUGGACGAGCGGCCCCAGUCCAGCUGCUGUCGACCCAGGGCCAGGGCCCUGCCCUUUGCUCUGCAGCUUUUUUAAGUCCCGAGGCUCUGGAGAGUGGGCGUGGGAGUAGCCCUUGCAGAGGCUCCAAGGUCCUCGAGGCUGUUUAGGGGGCCCCAGGCGAUAGCCACGUUCGGAUCCUGGCUCGCAGCCAGGGGAGGGAGCUUGGGACCAGCCAACUCUAAACCGCGGCGGCGACUUUCAGUUUCAUUUCCACGGACCCUCCUGCCUGGGCCGCAGCCGCCGCCGCGAUGCCCAGCAAGUUCAGCUGCCGAAAGCUCCGGGAGACCGGCCAGGGGUUCGAGAGUUUCCUGGCCGAUCGUGGACUGGACCUGGAGACAGAUCGUGAGCGGCUGCGGACGAUUUACAACCGCGACUUCAAGCCCAGCUAUGGGACCCCUGCCCCUGGCUUCUCCUCCAUGCUGUAUGGAAUGAAGAUUGCAAAUCUGGCCUUCGUUACCAAGACUCGGGUCAGGUUCUUCAAAUUAGACCGCUGGGCUGAUGUGCAGUUACCAGAAAAGAGGCGAAUAAAGCCGGGAUCGAACAUCAGCAAACAACACAGAUCACUGUUGGCCAGGAUCUUUCACGACAGGUCAAUUUCAGUCCGAGGUCCACCCUCACCGUUCCGACUCCCACUCCUCCCCAGGGCUGAGUAUCUUCAUGGGAAGCAUGGGGUGGACGUGGAGGUCCAGGGACCCCAUGAAGCCCGAGACGGGCAGCUCCUUAUCCGCCUGGAUUUGAACCGCAAAGAGGUACUAACCCUACGGCUUCGGAACGGAGGAACCAAGCCUGUCACCCUCACUCACCUGUUCCCCCUCUGCUGGACACCCCAGUUUGUCUUCUACCAUGGAGAACAGGACCUGCCAUGCCCGCUGGGCCCGGGUGAAAGCUAUGAACUCCAUGUCUACUGUAAGACCAGCAUCGUGGGCUACUUCCCAGCCACUGUCCUCUGGGAGCUGCUGGGACCCGGGGAGUCGGGAGCAGAAGGAGCAGAGACUUUCUACAUUGCCCGCUUCCUGGCUGCCGUCGCACACAGCCCUCUGGCUGCACAGUUGAAACCCACAACUCCCUUCAAACGCCCCCCGCGGCUCACAAGUAACCCUGUGCAGACCAACCGGAUCGAGGAGGGAGAGAGGCCCGACCGAGCCAAGGGCUAUGAACUAGAGCUAAGCUUGGCCCUGGGGACCUAUUACCCACCCGUCCGCCUCCGGCAGCUGCUCCCUACCCUUCUUCAGGGACCAAGUAUCUUCACUUCCCCCAAGGAGGUUGCCGAGAUCAAGGCCCAGCUGGAGACAACCCUGAAAUCCAGGAACUAUGAGGUGAAGCUCCGGCUGCUGCUGCACCUGGAGGAGCUGCAGAUGGAACAUGACAUCCGGCACUAUGACCUGGAGUCAGUACCCAUGACCUGGGACCCUGUGGACAAGAACCCCAGGCUGCUCACACUGGAGGUCCCUGGUGUGGCAGAGAGCCGCCCCUCCGUGCUGCGGGGCGACCACCUUUAUGCCCUCUUGUCCUCUGAGACCCAGCAGGAGGACCCUGUCACCUACAAGGGGUUCGUGCACAAGGUAGAACUGGACCGUGUCAAGCUGAGCUUUUCUACAAGCCUCCUGAGCCGAUUCGUGGAUGGGCUGACCUUCAAGGUGAACUUCACCUUCAACCGCCAGCCCCUUCGGGUCCAGCACCGGGCCCUGGAGUUGACUGGGCGCUGGGUGCUGUGGCCCAUGCUCUUUCCUGUGGCCUCCCGUGGCGUCUCGCUGCUGCCCUCAGAUGUGAAGUUCAAGCUGUAUGAUCGGAGUCUGGAGUCGAACCCUGAGCAGCUGCAGGCCAUGAAGCACAUUGUGAGGGGCACCACCCGGCCUGCCCCCUACAUCAUCUUUGGGCCUCCAGGUACCGGCAAGACUGUCACAUUAGUGGAGGCCAUCAAACAGGUAGUAAAGCACUUGCCCAAAGCCCACAUCCUGGCCUGUACUCCAUCCAACUCAGGGGCUGACCUCCUCUGUCAGCGGCUCCGGGUCCACCUGCCCAGUUCCAUCUACCGGCUCCUGGCCCCCAGCAGGGACAUCCGAAUGGUGCCCGAGGACAUUAAGACCUGCUGUAACUGGGAUCCUAAGAAGGGAGAAUAUGUGUACCCUGCUAAGAAGCAUCUGCAACAGUAUCGGGUCUUAAUUACCACCCUCAUCACUGCCAGCAGGUUGGCGUCAGCCCAGUUUCCCAUCGAUCACUUCACACACAUCUUCAUCGAUGAGGCUGGCCACUGCAUGGAGCCUGAGAGUCUGGUGGCCAUAGCAGGGCUGAUGGACGUCAAGGAAACGGGCAAUCCUGGAGGGCAGCUGGUGCUGGCGGGAGACCCUCGGCAGCUGGGGCCCGUGCUUCGGUCACCGCUGGCCCAGAAGCAUGGACUCGGUUACUCCCUGCUGGAGCGUCUGCUCACCUACAACUCCUUGUAUAAGAAGGGCCCCAAUGGCUAUGACCCCCAGUUCAUCACCAAACUGCUCCGCAACUACAGGUCUCACCCCACCAUCCUGGACAUCCCUAACCAGCUGUACUAUGAUGGAGAGCUGCAGGCCUGUGCUGACGUGGUGGAUCGAGAACGCUUCUGCCGUUGGGAGGGGCUGCCUCAACAGGGUUUCCCCAUCAUCUUCCACGGUGUAAUGGGCAAAGAUGAGAGAGAGGGCAAUAGCCCAUCCUUCUUCAACCCUGAGGAGGCUGCUACUGUGACAUCGUAUCUGAAACUGCUCCUGGCCCCUUCCUCCAAGAAGGGUAAAGCCCGCCUGAGCCCCCGAAGUGUGGGCGUCAUCUCCCCGUACCGGAAGCAGGUAGAAAAAAUCCGUUACUGCAUCACAAAACUUGACCGAGAACUUCGAGGACUGGAUGACAUCAAAGACUUGAAGGUGGGCUCUGUGGAAGAGUUCCAAGGGCAAGAACGCAGCGUCAUCCUCAUCUCCACCGUCCGAAGCAGCCAGAGCUUUGUACAGCUGGAUCUAGACUUUAACCUCGGUUUCCUUAAGAACCCCAAGAGGUUCAAUGUUGCUGUGACCCGGGCCAAGGCUUUGCUCAUCGUAGUGGGCAACCCCCUCCUUCUAGGCCACGACCCGGACUGGAAAACAUUCCUGGAGUUCUGUAAAGAAAACGGGGGAUAUACCGGAUGCCCCUUUCCUGCCAAACUGGACCUGCAGCAGGGACAGGACUUGCUCCAAGGUCUGAGCAAACUCAGCCCCUCUACCUCAGGGCCCCGCCAUCACCAGCAUCUCCCCCAGGAGCGGGAGGGUGAAGGGGGCUUGCCCUUACAAGUGGAGCCAGAGUGGAGGAAUGAGCUCUGAGGACAGAGCCGCCUGCCUUCUCACACCAGCCAAGCCUUACUGCUGCCUGUCCCUGACCCAGAGCCCAGCUCACCUGUCCCUGCAAGAGAUGGGAAGGCUGGGAGUUUACAGCCCAGACCAUUCUGCCCCUUCCUCUGCUAGGGGAGACCACCCAAGCUGCUAAAACUUGGAGGAUGGGGGAGGAAGAAAGCUUUUACCCUCUCCUUUGCAGUCCUGGGGACUGAACCCAGAGCCUCAGAUCAGCUAGGCAGGCACUCUACCGCUGAGCUGCUUCAAGAAAAACAAAAUGCUGUUCUAUGCAAAAGCCUCUUGCUCAUGUCUCAUCAGCCUGGUCUUGCUUCCUGUGCCCCCAAGAUGACCCCCCAGGAGGGUAUCUGCCCAGAGCCACGCCACUUCAUAGCUCGUCUAAGGGAGGAAACCCAAUGGACAAGGAAGCCACCCACAGGCUUCUAUGUUUAGCCAAUGGUACAGACCACUCCCCUCACCCACCCAGGCAGUCAGCCAAACAUGACCUCAUCGCUUACUCUAGACUCCACCCUGUCCCCUGCUGCCUCCGCCCCCAGUCCUGCCUCUGCAGACUG